UGGUAAUUAACAUAGAGUUGAGCUCAAGUUCAUGAGUAAUGUUAAAUUGCCGUCAGACGUCAGAUAAUUGUUUUUAUUUUUUGAAAAUGCACCAAAGAACCACCGAGCAGUCCGUCGGGCGUCGACAGUCUCCUCCAUUGGAGCCUUCAAGUCCCUAAUGAUUAUGAAGGAACUCUGUUCGUAGACGCAGAUUCAUUGGGUCUCUCUCCGAAAACCCAUUUAUAUAUCCCCACAAACCCACCAUCAUGCAUGAAGAAGAUCAUCCCCAUCCAUACCUUGCUCCGCCACCAUCUCUACCCGCAAGCCCUCCAGGCCUCAUCAUUCCUUCCCGAUCCCAAUGUCGCCGACUCAAUCUACUGCCUUUUCGUCAAACGCGGCCUCGCCCUCGAUGCCUUCCUCGCCGCCUCCAUCAUCCACACUCUGUCUCACUCCGGCGACUUCGACCGUGCCCGCAAGUUCCUUGUCGACACCCACGUCCCCGACACCGUCGCGUGGAAUGCUCUGAUAUCCGGGUAUGCUCGGGUCGGGCGCGCAGCUCCAGUUUUCGAGCUCUUCAGCGGGCUGAGACGCUCGGGUCUGAAGCCCGACGCUUUCACUCUGAGUUCUUUGAUCAAAGUUUGUGAGGAUUUUCGAGAAAAUGAGGUUGCCCAUGGGAUUUCUCUCAAGACGGGGUUUUUCUCGAGUGCUUUUUUGGCUAGUGGGUUCGUUGAGAAUUACGCCAAAUGCGGAGAUAUACGUUCUGCUGAGAAGUGUUUUCGAGAGUGUUUGUUGGCGGAUUCUGUGGUUUGGAUGUCUAUGAUUUCUGGUUAUGUUUGGAAUGGGGAGUUCGGGAAAGGUAGAGAAGCUUUUGCAGAGAUGAGGUGUUUGGGUUUGGAGUUGAAUGAGUUCUGCUUGACUGGUGUUCUUGGUGCGUUGUUGGAUGUCAGAGAAGGUGAACUGAUUCAUGGGUUAAGUGUUAAAAUGGGUUUGUUAUGUGGGUGCUCGAUUCAUUUGAAUAAUGCAGUUAUGAACAUGUAUUCUAGGUGUGGAGGCAAAGAAUAUGCCGCUAAGGUGUUUGAUGAAAUUCCUGACCCAGACGUUGUUUCUUGGACUGCCCGCAUUGGUGCUGCUUCUAAUGGUGUGGAAGCUUUGGAAUUCUUUAAACUUGUACGCUCAAAAGAUGUAGAAAUAAAUGAGCUCACAUUGAUUAAUGUUUUGUCAGCCAUUGUAGGCCCAAAGUUGUUAGAACCAGGGAGGCAAAUCCAGGCACUCUGUCACAAGUUCGGCUAUUUAUCUGUAGUCUCAGUUUGCAAUUCCCUGAUAUUUAUGUAUGGGAAGUGUAGGCAGAUGGCUGAUGCUUCGUGCAUGUUUAAUGAAAUGGAUUUUUAUGAUUCUGUUUCUUGGAAUUCUUUGAUUGCUGGUUAUGCAGAGAAUGGACUUAUUGGUCCGGCUCUCAGUGUGUUUAUUCAGAUGCGUAAGAUUUUGGUGCAGCCUACUAUAUACACGUUGGCCAGCAUUCUUGAAGUAGUGUCCAACUCAAAUUCUCGAAAUCUGGCUAUGGAAAUCCAUUCACAUAUAAUCAAAUCAGGAUUCAUGUCAGAUGAUUCUGUGGUUUGUUGUUUAAUGACAGCCUAUGGAAAAUGCAAUGGGAUGAAUGAAUCAAAGAGGGUAUUUUCUGAGAUUGAUAAGAUAAAUGUGGUACAUCUUAAUGCAAUGGAGGCUGCACUUGUCUCUGUUGGUUCUUAUGAUGAUGCUGUGAAAUUGUUCCAUGACACUUGGAAAUUGGAUAUUGAAGUGGACAGCCUAACUUUCAGUACAGCCCUUAAAGCUUGUGGUGCUUUAACGGAUCUGGAGCAUGGAAGAGAAGUCCAUUCUCUGGCACUUAAAUGUGGACUUGAUCAGGAUAAAUUUGUUGAAAGUUCGGCUAUUGAUUUUUACUGUAAAUGUGGAAUCCUCCAUGAUGCGGAGAAGGUUUUCAGCAAUAUAUCCACGGACAAUUUGGCUGCUUGGAAUGCCAUGAUGAUGGGAUAUGCUCAACAUGGUUGUUAUCAUGACGUGUAUGAGCUAUUUCACGACAUGGCCAGCUUAGAAAUAGAACCUGAUGAGAUAACUUAUCUUGCUGUUCUUAGCUCAUGUUGCCAUGCUGGGCUGGUACCUGAGGCUCAUUUUCACUUGCACUCUAUGUUUGAGCUUUAUGGUUUGAUACCUUGUUUAGAACACUAUGCAUGCAUUGUUGACCUUCUUGGUAGAGUUGGACUUCUAGAAAAUGCGAAGAGGACUAUUGAUCAGAUGCCCGUAAGUCCAGAUGCUCAAAUAUGGCAGAUUCUUCUCUCAGCCUGCACUGCCCAUCGGAAUGUUGAUCUUGGGGAAACUGCAGCAAGGGAACUUCUUAAGCUGCAGCCUGAAAAUGACUCUGCUUAUAUUCUUCUCUCAAACCUCUAUGCUUCAGUUGGCAUGUGGACUGCUGUUGAAAAAUUGAGAAGGGAGAUGAAAGAAAAAAAUAUCCGUAAAAAACCUGGUUCUAGUUGGAUCCAGAUUAAAGGAGCCACACAUUACUUUCAUGCUGAUGAUACAAUGCAUCCAGAGAGUAAAGAGCAUCAAGAAAGCCCCCCUUGCAUGAACAGUAUUCAGUCUGGUUUCCUGGACCAAUUUACUGGUAUAAGUUGGAGCUUUGGAAUUAAAAACAGUGAAUAAAUGCGACGUGCAUGAGCAAAAUGUAUACAAUUUUCUUGUUACAUGUUUAUAACCCUGUAUGUUUUAACCAUACGAAGUCAUCCUUGGUCUUCUGUGGACUUUGGGCCUACAUAUACUCUCUGAAAAGGAUCUGGAAUUGUCUGAGUCUGGUGAAAUGACUGACAUUAACUUUGCUGUAGGCAUGGAUGUUCUUAUGUGGAAUUUGGGCCUGCCUGUACAAUAUGAGAAGGUUCUAAAAAAGUCAAGUCAGGUGAAAUUACUGACACAAAUUAUAGUUUGCUGUAGGUUUGGAUGUUCCGUACUUUUCAUGUUGUGCGCAUAUUUGAGAUAGCUCUUUCUUCAUUCUCACAUAUUUUUUCAGUUAAUUAGGAGUACAUACAAUUUAUCAAGUCUGUGCAAUGAUGUGGCAUGGUUAUAAUGUAUGUGAAGCCAUGUUUUUGAAUUAGUUAUAUUUAUAAAUGAUCUCUUUUAUGGUUCUGUGUAAUAUAAAGAUCGUAUUGUUGGCACUCA